GGUGUGACUCGACAAUGGUGGGAAUUUCCACUGCCCUGGACACCAGGGCUGCCCUGCCCCACCUUUGGGUUUCCUCACACACUGUCUCUCUCUUCAGGCUGUGCCUUCCUCACAUACUGCGCCAGGGACUCCGCCAUCAAAGCUCAGACAGCCUUGCAUGAGCAGAAGACCCUGCCGGGGAUGGCGCGGCCGAUCCAAGUGAAGCCAGCGGACAGUGAGAGCCGUGGAGGUAGGGACCGGAAGCUGUUCGUGGGCAUGCUCAACAAGCAGCAGUCAGAGGAAGAUGUGCUCAGGCUCUUCCAGCCCUUUGGAGUCAUCGAUGAGUGCACAGUGCUUCGAGGACCUGACGGAAGCAGCAAAGGCUGUGCCUUCGUGAAGUUUUCUUCCCACACAGAGGCCCAGGCGGCCAUCCAUGCCUUGCAUGGCAGCCAGACCAUGCCGGGAGCCUCCUCCAGCCUGGUGGUCAAGUUUGCCGACACGGACAGAGAGCGGACACUGCGGCGAAUGCAGCAGAUGGUUGGCCAGCUGGGCAUCCUAACGCCAUCCCUCACCUUGCCCUUCAGCCCCUACAGUGCCUACGCCCAGGCUCUCAUGCAGCAACAGACAACAGUGUUGUCCACCUCCGGCAGCUACCUAAGCCCUGGUGUAGCGUUCCCUCCAUGCCACAUCCAGCAGAUUGGCGCCGUCAGCCUUAAUGGUCUGCCUGCCACACCCAUCACCCCAGCCUCUGGGCUACACUCGCCCCCACUGCUAGGCACUGCUGCUGUUCCUGGCCUGGUGGCACCCAUUCCCAACGCCUUCCCAGGCGUCCUGCCCUUCCCUGGGAGCCACCCUGCCCUGGAGACUGCAUAUGCCAAUGGCCUCGUCCCCUACCCAGCUCAGAGCCCCACUGUGGCAGAGAGCCUCCAUCCUGCCUUCUCUGGAGUCCAGCAGUACACAGCCAUGUACCCUACCGCGGCCAUCGCGCCUGUGGCGCACUGCGUCCCACAGCCUCCUCACCUCCUGCAGCAGCAGCGUGAAGGUCCCGAAGGCUGUAACCUGUUUAUCUACCACCUCCCCCAGGAGUUUGGAGACACGGAGCUGACCCAGAUGUUCCUUCCCUUCGGCAAUAUCAUCUCCUCCAAGGUGUUUAUGGAUCGGGCUACCAACCAGAGCAAGUGUUUCGGAUUCGUGAGCUUUGACCACCCAGCCAGCGCGCAAGCAGCCAUCCAGGCCAUGAACGGCUUUCAGAUCGGUAUGAAGAGGUUGAAGGUGCAGCUGAAGAGACCCAAAGACCCAGGACACCCAUACUGACCACGCCCACAGCUCCUCCGCGCUGUGGGUGUGGCCCCAGGUGAGCCGCCAGGCGGCCCUGUGCCCUCCCCAGCCCUGGUAUCAUCUAACCCUCCUCCCAUCCCAGUCUCAUUCUCCAAAUCCUGGGGGCGGGAGUGAUGCUCCACGAAGCCAACUGGGGACAAAACUCCUCCCCCAUCACCUCGCGGCUUGGGUGGCGCAGAGGGUGGGAUUGGUGGGGAGGUGGAGAGGAAUCCCUGGGAAAGUUUUGAAGGAUGCAUAGAAGUUCACUCCAGAGGUGGGUUUGUGGGUCUGGGGUGCAGGGUUUGAUGAGAGGGGCUUCUAUCCAGUCCUGUGAAGCUGCCCCCUCCCAGCGGAGAUGCCCUAAAAUCAGAGAAGAGAUAUUUGGCACACACCCCAGUCUGGGUCCCUACAGCUGGAACUUGGAGAGACCGGUUAAGCUUGGCCCAGAACUGAAGCAGAGGCGAUGGGGACCCCAGCACAGCCUCCCGUCCCCCACCUCUGUCCCCACCAGCUCUCAUGGACCUGGAAAGUCCUGUCUUCUAAUUUCAUGCCCAGUGGGUUAACUAGUCCCAGAGCGUAUGCCCCUCACAAUCUCUCAAAACAAACAAAAAGCCAGAUAUACUCAAAACAAAACAAAAAACCCAAGCGUCAAAUUCCCGUCAAACCACAUUCUCAGUACUUUCUUUGGGACUGAACUGAUUUUAAAAGGUGUAAUCAACUGCACACGUCCUCACGGGAGGUGGCAGCUGGGCCACCCAUCAGCAGCCGCCACCUACAGAGGGCCCUGAAAUACUUUUGGUUUCUUUUCUUUCUUUUUCCUUUUCUUUCUUCUUCCUUCCUUUUUCUCUUUCUUUCUUUUCUUUCUUUCUUUCUUCCUUUCUUUCUCUCUCUCUCUCUCUUCUCUCUCUCUCUUUUUUUUUAGUUACCUCGCCCAGGGUCUGGGUAGAGGUCAGCUGUCUUUAGUCCUUCAGUGUUUUCUGUUUCUUAUCUGGGUUUGGGGGUUUUGUUUAUUUUGGCUUCAAUUAGGAAACCUGCCAAUCAGGUACAACCCCCCAGAGCAUCUUCCAGGUCUUCACUUUUAACCCAGUGUCCUGUGGAUACUCUGCUCUGGACUGGGGAGGAACCAGUAUGUAAAUGUCCCCAAACUGAUGGUGACUGUCAGAAACUAGUUUUGAAAACACUGGGGUUUUCUUGCCAGGACAAAACUGAAUGCCCGCUCCCUCCUUCCACUAAA